GGCCUUCCAACGUCCUUGCAACACGCAGUCUUGGAUUCAAACAUACUAGUAUUCCGCGUAAGUAGAUCGAAAGUGUGAAGAAUAGUCUCACCUAACUCUGCCGUCACGGGUUGCGUCAGACUUUCAUCGGAGUGUAUCGCAAACCGAGAUUAAUUCAUUAACAAGAAAAGAGGAAUAGUUUGGGGUGAAAAGUAUCGAGGUGAAGAAACUGAAAGUAUAACAAUAAGUAGGAAAGGAAGUGAUUUAAUUUCCUCGCAAGUCACCUCUUUGCUAAAGCUUAGAUUUGUGAUUUGUGACCAUAUAAGUGGUAAUAAUUAAAUAUUGUUUACGUAACGACCGAGAGACCAUGAGGCACGGGAUGGGUCUCCGAAUAUUAGUGUCCAUACUGUUGGUCAUAUCAAUCUUUUCGCCGCCGAUGUCCGCUGCCCUUACAACUUUUGGGAAGAGCAAUCCACAAAAUCAAAACCCGAAUCCACCGCCGCCGCCAACGCCAACUGGUAAAGCUCGCGAGUGUAAGAUGGAAAGCGAAUGUGCUGGAAUACAAAAUACAACGUGCAUGGCGGAUCACCGGGACGGAAGAACUCGAUGUCUCUGCGGCGAUUACACGGCGCCAGUUAAUGGUGCAUGCACUAACAAAUUCAAAGCACUUCACGCACUCUGCAGUUCCGACGGAGAGUGCAUAGAAGAUGCUCAAUGUGUGCAACACAACGGCACAGGAAAACGCUGUUAUUGCCGAGAAGGAUUUUCCGAAGAAACCUCAUUGUUUUGUAACGGUUGCUCAUCCAUCUUCACGUUGUAUACAACGACUCUUUUGGCCGCUUCGCUCCUGCUUGGAAGAUUUAACUGCAUCUAAAAUAUUCAGGCUUUUAAACAAUUAUCUUGACAACUCCUGAGUUUGUACGAUAACCCACAGUAGAAUAACAUAAUAAUUCUUCGAACCAACGAUUUAAAGAAAUGAUGUCGCUUAGACUAUACGUUUAUUAUUUAUAAAAGCGUCCAUUUAGUUCAACGAAAGCGUACGUAGUACGGUGUACGUAUGAAUAUGUUUAAGUUUCAGAAUAGCAAUGCACAUUAAUGUGUCAAAUAAUUAUGAACUACGAAAUCCCCAUCGCAAAAAUUAAAUAUUCCAGUAAUCGCACUUUUUCUUGAUUAUUCUUUACAAAUCUUUUAGAGUACCGAUUUUCUUCCUUAACAAGAGUUUGCUUGAACGCCAUGUCAUCAGCAAAUUUCUGACAAACAAUAAUUAUAUGAAAUAAUAGGUAUGUUACGUAUGUAAAGCUAUUGUGUAACCUAUUUCAAUUAUGUUACUUUAUGAUACUAUCAUGUUUUAAGUAAUAUAAUUACUAAUUGCCUCAUAUUAAAAUAAUUGUCAUUAUUUUAUUUGUAGCUCAAAGAAAAUGUGCGGUUUCUAGAAAAGUUUGAUGUUGAAGAUGCAUUAUAUGUUGCAGGUGUAUAAUGUACAAUUUAGUAUUUUUAGUAUUUUCUUUUCAUUUCCCCCUUAAACUUAGGAAAUUAUCUGCAUAUUCAAUUAUUUUACAGUAGAUGUAUCGAGUUAUAAUCUACAAGUCUUAUACAGCUGGCGAUAAGAUACAUAAAAUGUUGUUUAAAUUAUGAAAAUUUAAUUAUUUUCGCAUUUUCUACAGGAAAAAUGAGCGGUUCAAAGUUUCUAGUUGCUUUUAGAAAUUCGCGAAAAUAAGCAAUUUUGCCGCGUGUGAAUAAUUUUUAUUCAUAUUUAUAAAUAUUACCAUUAAUUAUGUUUUAUAUUACCGUGACGACAAUGUAAUUUAAUUAACAUACAAUUUAGGUUCGUAAUGAAAUGUUAAAAAGUGAACGUUAAUUCUGAAUCACACAACUUGGCUACGUUCCACUUAACGACUGCGACGUCCGUAGAAUUAUUUCAUCCUUGUUUCUUACCGAAAGUUAAACAAAGACAAGAUGAUGUUCGCGAGCGUUGCAAUCGUUAAAAAAAUGUAGUCCUUGAUUGUUAAUCAACCGUAAAUAAGCAAUCGAUCCUUUAUAGGUGCUCGUUUACAUUCUUAGUACAUCAAGCACUCUAAAGUUAUUACAAUUAGAAAAAAGCUGUAGUUAUAAUGGCAAUUAAAUUAGGAUAAACACCAAAUUCAUUAUUUUAUAUAAAUUUUCCGUGUUCGUUUUGUUGUGAAUACAGUCUACCAUUUCAUUAUUUUAUUUUUAUUCUGUUCUGAUCAAUGCGAAUGUGAAAGACUAGGGGUCGGUUUUUCCAACCUGUUGGUAAGCUGAUAGUAAAAUUAUACGUCUAUCUUUAUAUAAUUUGACGGAAAA